AUGGAGAUCGCUUGGAUGAAAAAGGCUGCGAUAUGGGCAUUCGCCGGACUGGGCCUCUCUCUGGCCGUCAUCUCCUGCUGCCAGAUGGCCGACAACUAUUUCGUUCUUACCCACCCCGACGCUUGCAUCGCUUCAUCCAACGGAACUCACUGCGCGGCAGAAUUCCGCGUAGCGCGGCGAUCCCUAGGCGUCGUGCCGCAGACGCCUGAGCAAGUCACCUCAGCCAUGAUCGCAGCGGUGAAAGCGCAAGUCGCGGCGCUGAUCGAGGCAGCCGAUGAGAUUAAGACCAACAACGUGCGGGAAGACCAUUUUACAAAUGUGAUGGCGAGGACUUGCGCGCGCCAAGCCACCAUCGCGCUGCGCUACCUGGGGCAGGCGGGAGAUGCGGUGGAGGCGGGCACGAAUCAGCUCGACGUGCCGUACUGGCUGGCUGCCGCCGAUACGCAGAUCGACAACUGCGUCGAUGGCUUCCAGACUUUCUCGCCCGCCGCGCAAGGCUUCCCCGCUUACGUACAUCUCGAGUAUACGGCGAAGAAAGCGGGAAGCACUCUUGACGCUCUCUUAUCCAUCACCAACGCCGCCGCAAAAGCCGCCGCAUCCGCCGCUACCAGCGUCGCGUCAACGGAGGAGGAUGUGGCGCCCGUGCGCGGACGCCGCAUGGCCGUCCGAUCCAGCAGCUCGGGGAACGGCGCGAUGGAUUGGCUUGAGGCGGGCUU